GUCUCUAUUUUCCACCUGCUUUCUUCAUUUCAAGACAAACUCCUAUGUUCACCAAAAAAACAAAAUAUUGAACAAAAAAAAGAAACACACACAUUAAUAUAAAAAAAACUAAUCAAUAAGCUAUAGAAGAUUGUUUUCUCUUCUUGCUCAAAAUCCUUUAUGGCAUCCGAAAACUUCAGACGUGGAAGGUAAAAAUGCUGCAAUCUUUUGCUCCAUAUCUUUUAAUUUUUCUCUGCCAAAAAACAGUAAAUAUACAUGCGUACGUACCUCGACGUGCAGACCAAUCCUUUUGCUAGAUUCUAUUCACAAGACAUGAGGAAGGGCUUUAACAUUCGUGACACCAAGUUUCUCUGAUUUGGGAGACUCGCUGGCGAUGUUAACGAAGCCCGGAAAGAAGCUUGACUCUUCAGAGUCAACUCAUCAUACUACGAGUUCAAACUAUCCACCAUUAGAUAUUGUUCAUCAAACUCCACAACCACGCAAAGAGAUGCAACAAAAGCCAUUGUUCGAUCCCAAGAAGAUGGAUAAUCUUAUAAAACCGGAGCCAGCUGGGUUCACCAAUCACCACCGUCCAAACCCUAGUCCAAAAAUCCCAUCCUCACCUGGUUCCAACAUGACCGAGUCACAAUCAAACUUAAACACCAAACCAAACAACAACAACAGUAACAACAAUAGCAAUAUGAGCUCAAGAAGCAACAGCAUUGAGAGCACGUCCUCUAAUCCCUCUAAGCCACACACAGGUGGUGACAUUAGGUGGGAUGCUGUGAACACGUUGACCUCCAAAGGAGUCCAGCUCGGUAUCAGCGAUUUCCGGCUUCUUAAACGGCUCGGUUAUGGAGACAUUGGGAGUGUUUACCUAGUCGAGCUCAGAGGAACCAUCACCUAUUUCGCCAUGAAAGUGAUGGACAAGGCUUCCUUAGCUAGCAGGAACAAGCUUUUGCGAGCUCAAACAGAGAGAGAGAUCUUGUCUCAGCUUGAUCACCCGUUCUUGCCCACUCUAUACUCACACUUUGAAACAGAUAAGUUUUAUUGCUUGGUCAUGGAGUUUUGUGGCGGUGGUAAUCUCUAUUCCUUGCGACAGAAGCAACCAAACAAGUGUUUCACAGAAGACGCGGCAAGAUUCUUUGCUUCUGAAGUGCUAUUGGCAUUGGAGUACUUGCACAUGCUAGGAAUUGUAUACCGUGACUUGAAGCCAGAAAAUGUUCUAGUCAGAGAUGACGGACACAUUAUGCUCUCCGAUUUCGAUUUAUCCCUCCGAUGCUCCGUCAGUCCAACUCUCGUCAAAUCAUCCUCUGUUCAUGCGGCCGGCGGCGGAAGCGGAAGUAGUCGACCUGUAGGUCUCAUCGACGAGGACGCGGCGGUGCAAGGUUGUAUCCAACCGUCCACAUUCUUCCCACGCAUCUUGCAGUCAUCCAAGAAGAAUCGAAAGGCGAAAUCAGAUUUCGGACUCUUCGUCAACGGAUCCAUGCCGGAACUCAUGGCAGAGCCAACGAACGUUAAGUCAAUGUCAUUCGUUGGAACACACGAGUAUUUAGCACCGGAGAUUAUCCGUGGAGAAGGACAUGGAAGCGCCGUAGAUUGGUGGACAUUCGGAAUUUUCAUUUACGAGCUUCUCUAUGGAGCGACGCCGUUUAAAGGACAAGGAAACCGUGCAACGCUUCACAACGUGAUAGGACAAGCUUUAAGAUUCCCUGAGGUUCCUCAUGUGAGCUCGGCGGCGAGAGAUCUCAUCAAAGGAUUAUUAGUUAAAGAGCCGCAAAAACGAAUCGCUUACAAACGUGGAGCGACGGAGAUUAAGCAGCAUCCGUUUUUCGAAGGUGUGAAUUGGGCGCUAAUUCGGAGUGCAACGCCGCCGCAUGUACCGGAACCGGUGGAUUUUUCGUGUUACGCAAGCAAGGAUAAAGAGUCUAUGGCGGCUGUUGACGGUGGCGGAAAGAAGAACAAUAACGGUGCUGGAGGUGGUUGCAGUACCGGCGGUGGUGAUAACAAACCUAACGGCGAUUGCAAUGAUCCUGAUUACAUUGACUUUGAAUACUUUUAGCAACUGACUAUAUAAAUGACUAAAAUUCUUCAAACAAUUUAUGUAUACCCUUUUUGUUGUUGUCUUUACAUUUCUAGAGAAUUUUAUUUGAUCAUAACUGGUUUUAUUCGACCUUUUAAUUAGAGCUCGAUAUGAAGUGUAUAAUUUUGAGGGAAUUUUUUUUUUAUAAAUCAUGAUUUCAUUUCCACUAUUUGUAAAAAAA